AUGACAGCCUUGUGUGUUUGGUUAUUCUUGGUCCUUUGGGUGGCGGGUCCGGACAGGACAGCAGCUGCAGCGGCGGUGAGUCACAAACUGAACGACUCCUCACUUUGGGGGGAGGAGAAGAUACUGUCGUUCAGUGUGAACGCCUCGUCGGGACAAGCGGACAAGCGGACGUCGGACUUUUUCAUCCUGGACUUUGACGAGGGGACGCUGGCCGACUGGCGCUCUCUGGCCGGUAAGCGGCACGGAGGAGAGGCGCAGGAGGGGGGCAUCAAAGCCCUGCUGGUGGCCGCCUAUUCUCUCAUCAUCGUUAUCUCGCUGUUCGGAAACACCCUGGUGUGCCAUGUGGUGGCCAAAAACAAGCGCACCCAGUCCGCCACCAGCCUGUUCAUUGUGAACCUCGCCGUGGCUGACAUCCUCAUCACCGUCCUCAACACACCGUUCACCCUGGUCCGCUUCUUGAACAGCACCUGGGUGUUUGGCAGGGGUAUGUGCCAUGUCAGCCGCUUUGUGCAGUACUGCUCCCUGCACGUCUCCACUCUCACUCUCACUGCCAUAGCACUGGAUCGACGACAGGUGAUUUUACAUCCUCUGAGACCACGCAUGUCCCAUGUGCAAGGUGCUGUUUGGGUAGCUGUCAUCUGGAUCAUGGCCAGCUGCUUCUCUCUCCCGCAUGCCAUCUACCAAAAACUCCUGACUUUUACAUACAGUGAGGAGAAGGAGCGCAGUCUUUGUGUUCCAGACUUCCCAGAGCCAUCAGAUGUCUACUGGCAGUACAUUGACCUCCUUACCUUCAUCCUGCUGUAUGUGCUGCCACUCCUCAUCAUCAGUGCUGCUUACACCACAGUAGCCCACCGCCUAUGGCGCCAUAACGCCAUUGGUGACACCACCAUAGCCCAGAAUGCAACCCAGAGACGAAAACGCCGGCGGACCUUGGCCAUGCUGCUCCUGGUGGUCGGGGUGUUUGCUGUCUGCUGGUUCCCUCUCAACUGCUAUGUGGUGCUGCUUUCUAGCCAGGCCAUUCAGUCGUCCAACACCCUGUACUUCUGCUUUCACUGGCUGGCGAUGAGCUCCACCUGCUAUAACCCCUUCAUCUACUGCUGUCUGAAUCCCACUUUCCGGCAGGAGCUCAGGCUGCUGCUGGCCAUGUGCAGGAGAAGACGGAGGGCAGGGGUCGAGUUAGAGCGGGAGCUCUGCGCCGCGGCCCCCUGCGCUCCCUGCCACAGAACAGCCUGGCCUGACAACCAGGCGUCGCCCAGGCCGAGCCAUGUUUCCUCACACCCGAGCCACAUCUCCUCACAGCGGAGCCAUGCCUCCUCCAGUCAGUCCCACACCCUGAAAGAGACACAUGUGCUGUUCACUGCCAGGCAGGCCCUCUCAGGCAGAACUGACAUUCUCUCAGUGGAGCCAAUCGUGACUGUGAGCUAA